UAAUGGCCAUAUUAUUUUGUCCUUAUUUUAUGUCAUUCUUCUUUUUUACCUUCCAGUGGGAAGCAAGCCCUGUUGGAACUAUGACAAUGACCAGUCGUGGUCGUGGCCCGAGUACCCGUGCAUCGAACACAACUCGUGCGGCGGGACGCAGCAGUCUCCAGUGAACAUCGAGACGCUGAGCGUGGUGCACGACAUCGGCUUGAAGCCGCUCGAGUUCUACGCCCACGACGUCCCGCUCCACAACUUCACGGUGCACAACGACGGCCUGUCGCUGACCCUCCGGCCUUCGCCUGCGGACAAGACCAAGAGGACAGUGCGGGGCGGUCGCCUGCCGGGCACCUUCGAGUUCACGCACGCGCUGUUUCACUGGGGUUCCACCUCGUCGCAGGGCUCCGAACACCGCGUCGACGGCAUCGCGUACCCCAUGGAGGUACAGCUGGUAUACACAAACGAGAAGUACGCCACCGUAGACGAGGCGGACCAGAAGGACAGAACCGCCAUUAUCGCAACACUGUAUCAGCUGACGUUCGUGGACUUCGAUUCGGUGAGGGCGAUGCGAAGCGUGCUGGGUGCGCUGGAGUCCGAGGCGUCGUCCAGACGGCACCGUUCGCUUCGCCACUUGCUUCCGUGGAUGGUGCGCCGGCUGACGAGCUCCAGGUCCGGCGCGGACAAGAACGCGUCGUUCUCACUGACGCUGAACAACCUGAUGCCUCCAGGGAACCUGCAGAAGUUUUUCACUUACCGCGGCUCGCUAACUGCGCCUCCCUGCACGGAGUCAGUGCGUUGGACCAUAUUCGGCAAGAACGCAUUCGUCUCCGAGGCACUGCUGCAUCGCCUACGCAGACUUCGUGGGCACACCAAGGGCAGCUCUCUCUCGGACAACUUCCGACCACCGCAGAGACUGCACGGUCGCAAGAUCAUCUCUUCCUUUCCUCCCUUCUGACACUCGCAGGAAGAGCCGUUCAUGCGGCAGCAGUCGCUUCGUAUUUUAUCGUAAAGGCACAAAUGCAUCCUCGAUUUAUUAGCUAUGAUAUGACGCACAUGUAACGAGCGAAAAAAACAAAGAAAUAUAUGCUAUACGUAACUUGUGUUUAUAACGAAUGAAAUAUGUUUGCUUUACUUUAAAUGCGUAAGCAUUUCUAUGUCUACCCAACGAGAAACAUGUCCGUCCGUCACGUAAGACGAAUGCAAUGGCUCAUACUCCCGUAAGCAAUGACUCAUAGCCCCGUAAGCAAGCAAAAAAUGUAAAAGUUCAUACACCCGUAAGGCAGAGGCUACAAGCGAUCAGCAACGUGAAGCGAACCGUGCGUACAUUCAUUGAAAUCACCCGGGUAUACAACACA